UGUGACUUGUGCGCACGUAUGAGCACGUGUUUUGUAUGAAUAUCACGAAGAUUCAUAAAAAAAUAUGGGUGAUAUAUCACAGACACAACAAAUUAUAAUCCGCAAUGCACAGCAGGAUGAAUCGAAAAGUCCUUCCUUUGUCACGAAACGCGAUCGUAUAGCGAAACAAUACUAUAUCAUCAGAAGUUGGAGACCACGGAAUGAUGUAUGGCCAUUGAUAGUUGGACGCGGUAUUCUGAUCAGCACGACGGUGAUCACUAGUCUUUAUUUGAAUUAUCGAUUUAGAGCGAGGAUGAAGAUCCGAAAUUAUGGAAUAUUACCUACAGUAUUAGGUCUUGCAGUAUCGCCAGCUGCAGUGACAGCAAUAGUCCAUACAGAGUUGAUCAUGAAUAAGCUAUUAUUAUUAGAGAUACCAUGUCCUCUAUGUAUGGAGUCCAAAUCCGCUUUGAUGCAAAUUUGUAGCGGAGUGUUUUUGCCAUUGAUACUUAUACCGUUUGCAAACUUCUCAGUUGCUGCUGGCAGUGGAGUAUAUAAUGUGCCACACAUAACUGACAUAAGAGGAAUAUAUAGACGUAUCCUAUCAAUCUAUCAACCGAUGUUUCCCAAGAUUGCAAUGAUUUUCACUUUUCAUGCGUUAUUGGCUGGUUUUAUAACGUAUUCAGAAAUCAAAUCUUAUCUUCGAAUGUUAGAUAUGCAGUAUUUAAUAAAAGAAGAAAAAGAGCAGGAAUUUAAAAAUAAUAUUGUUUGA